UUUCCGCAUCGUCUCUGCAAUUUCGCUCGUCAAAGUCAGCCACACGGCGCAGGAGUCACCUGGCCGGCCGAUGACUCCGAUCGAACAGACGAUGUAGCCGACGCCAUUGGCCACGUGCAGGAAUUUCAAAUAUGCGCCGCCAUCCCGAUUCCUCUAAACACUGACACUUGCAUGUCGCCUGAAACAGACAAGGGUCGAAUCUCCACUACAGAAGGCUUCAUUCUCGGGGGGAUAGCAGCAUGCAUAGCAGUACCAAUUCACUUUUUAUAAAUCUGACUAUAAAAGUCACCAUUCCCAAUUCUAGGUCACCAUCUCCAAUCCCGCAGAGGUCGUAAAAACGCGUCUACAGCUACAGGGUGAAUUGGCCAAGGGGGGUGCGCCAAAGGUGUAUAACCACGCUCUUGAUGCAUUGGCGAAAACAUGGAAAAAUGAGGGAUUGAGAGGAGUGCAGCGAGGUCUUGGGGCAGCUUACAUGUAUCAAAUCCUGUUAAAUGGAUCCCGUUUAGGAUUUUACGAACCUUUCCGUCGUAACAUCAACCUCAUAUUUGGAAGGCCUGUAGAGGAACAGAUACCCUUUACCUCCGUCCUGGCAGGAGCAACAAGUGGUGCAGUUGGAGCAUCUCUCGGUAACCCACUGUUUCUGAUAAAAGCCAGGAUGCAGGCAUACUCUCCCGCGUUGCCCGUUGGAACACAACAUUACUAUAAAAGCCCAUUCGACGCGUUCUCCACCAUAUUUCGUGCAGAAGGUCCACGCGGACUGGUGCGAGGGAUAGACGCAGCGAUUCUACGGACAUCUAUGGGCUCGUCAGUUCAAUUACCCAGUUACAAUUUCACGAAGACGCAGUUGGCGAAACAUGGCAUCCUGCCCGAGGGUAGCACCUGGACUUUCUUAGCCAGCAGUACGGUCUCGGGGGCGUGUGUGUGUCUUGCUAUGCAACCUGCCGAUACUGCGUUGACGAGAAUGUACAACCAACCAACCACUCGCACCCCAGAUGGAAAGUUAGUCGGAGCUCUUUACAGAAAUCCCAUCGAUUGCCUUUGGAAAACGUUCAAAGCAGAAGGCAUACGAGGAUGGUAUAAAGGAUCUACCGCCCACUUCAUGAGGAUAGCACCGCACACGAUUGUGACAUUGACCGCCAACGACCUCAUUAUUAAUAUCUACAAGAAGGUUCGCCGUAAGGAAAACGAUAGCUGAGUUGGUGCAUUCCCCUGCUACUCAAUUCUAGAUGAGACGCGUCUAUCUAUCACACCGCUAAAUUAGACUUAUACAUACAAGUAAUGAACGGUUGAAGGAGCGAGGGCAACGUUGAAAUCUAUCGGUGAAACUUGGUAUCUAUAAUGUAGAGUGGCCAUACCGUGGGCUCUCGACUGGAAGUGUCAGGGUAUUACCUUAGCUGGGCCGUUCCGUGUUCAUUGA